AUGGCUUCUCUGGUGAUGCUAGGAAUCACCGACGUGGCCGUCCUGAGAUCAGCAUCCCAGACGGCAGCAGCAUCCUUCGCUCCUCUGCGAUGGAAGGUGAAGGGGGAGGAGGAGGAGGAGGAGCUCUUAGAAGGAGCGAAGGAUCGAGUGAAACGUCCUUUUCUCUUCCCUGGUUAUAGGAAAUUCGUUGAGUACGCCGAAACUCCGCAGUUACAUUGUCCCGAAAAGAGGUUCUUCGGGGGGAUGGAGCGUCAGGUGAACAGCGUAAACAUCGUCGACGGGGACAAGGCUGUUUGUUUAUCCUCCCGCUACAGCAUCACGCCCGGAGACUGUCUCGUGUAUUCCUUCGGCAUCGCAGGGGAUUGGAGUUUCGAUGACGCUAUGGCCGAGUAUGGGUGCCAGGUGUACUCGUUCGACCCGACCAUCGGCCUCGAGAACCACCAGCGGUCCGAGAGGGUCCACUUCUAUAACGUCGGCCUCGGGGGAGCGAACCGCACCGCUCUGAUCGAUGGAGUCAACGCCACGAUUCUCACCUUGGGUCAGAUCAUCGAUAUGUUGGGUCAUACGAAUAAGACGAUAGACUACCUGAAAAUAGAUAUCGAAGCGUACGAAAUUCUCGCCUUUACACAGCUGGCGAGCGAGCAGUACAGAUUAAGUUUUGUGAAGCAGGUGGGCUUAGAAAUACAUCCUCAGCAGCAAUACCACGAUGAAAUAUACACAAUAAUGACAAUGCUGGAGUACCUAGGUUUUGCCUCGUUUGACGCCCGGAGGAAUAUGCACCAGGAGCUGUGGUACACUCACCCACGCCUUCAGAAUCUCAUCUUGUCCUGCUGUUACGAAAUAGCUUGGGCUCAGGUUGACAAGAAGACGUGGUGA